CCGCCAAAACCCACCCGACAAAUCAACGCCUCAUCACUUGAUGCUUCUUCCCUCUUACUCUCUGACCAAAAUGGGGCCCACGACGGCCAGUCGAUUCAAGCGGCUCAAGACGACCGCCGGGACUGUCCCACCGGCCGAACUCGCCGACGACUCGGCAGUUCGGAGUAGCCGCCGUCCCAAUUCGGUCGGCGUCGCGGUCAGGGGACCCAAAACGCCGCCCCAGCUACAGCCGAGGCCCAGUCUAUCGGCUCUCCUGUCGUCCCAGUCCUUCCCGUUCGAUGAAUGGAAGAUUCUGCCGAGAGAGUUCUUCCAAAUUGAUGCCCUGGACCUCGCGCCUCGGCUGCUCGGAAAGUUCCUCAGGAGAGACGGCGUCGUUCUUCAGAUCACGGAGGUCGAGGCUUACAGGCCGAACGACUCGGCCUGUCACGGACGGUUCGGCAUCACUGCUAGAACAGCACCAGUUUUCGGACCAGGUGGGCAUGCUUACGUGUACCUUUGCUAUGGUCUGCACACGAUGCUCAACGUGGUCGCGGACAAGGAGGGAGUUGGAGCUGCUGUUCUCAUCCGCGCUUGUGCUCCUAUGGCCGGACUAGAAACUAUUCAGCAACGGCGUGGUCAGAAAACUGAGAAACCUGUGCUUCUUACUGGACCCGGGAAGGUAGGCCAAGCGUUGGGACUUUCAACAGAAUGGUCCAACCAUCCCCUUUAUACUCCUGGCGGGCUAGAACUUCUGGAUGGGCCAAGACCUGAAAAUAUACUGAUCGGGCCCCGCGUAGGCAUCGAAUAUGCUUCACCGGAGGAUGUUAAUGCGUUGUGGAGAUUUGCAAUUGCCGGUAGCCCUUGGGUAAGUGCUCCGAGAAACACUCUCAGGCAACCCUGAGUCCCUGACCUUCCAAUCAUCCGGGGCUUUAAAUCUAAAGAUCCAGUGAUCGGAGACUUGCAUGCUGAAGUUGGGUUCCAGCAUUGGAGACUUUAUGGUACUUUGAUCUUGUGUGUAUCUCCCGAUAUUCCCAAAAAGUUGCUCGAUGGCGGAACUAAUUGUGUAAUCAAAUUUUUGUAUCAAUUUGUGCGUUGUACAGAAAAUGACAGUACUUUAUCUUUUUGGAAUUACCUCUGCAACCCACUUGAACAUGGAUCAGAGUGAACAUAAAAUUCUGUUGCACCUGUGCAACUGCACGGGAAACUGUGAAUGUUAUGUACUUUGCAAUUUGCGAAGCCAGUGUUUGUUAAUUCCCAGUUAUUGAAGGCUGUUAA